AGGGGGAAGGGCGUGGUGGCACGCGCCUUGGAGCACCCUCCUGGUCGGUUCAAACGACCUCUAGACCUGGCAGGUUCGUGGAGAGCGGAAGGGAGGGAGAGAAGGUAGGAGCCUGGGCCUACCUCUCGACCCCAAGCCUCCCAGCCCCAUGGUCCCCGCCGCCUGCAUGCUGCUCUGGGCCCUGCUGCUUAGUCUGGGGCCCCGGGCGGCGGGGGCCCAAGACCAGACGUCAAACCCGACCGCCACCCCAAACUCCCCGACGACUGGGUUGCAGAGCAUCAGCUUCCGCUUUGGGGGCCCCGCCCGCAGCCGCCGGAGCACAAGCAUCACCUCCCAGAACAGUGUACCCCAGAAGAUGAAGGUAACUCUGGAGGAUGAUAACGAUGCCCUGGCGGUUGCUGACCGCCUGGCCGCGCCGGCAGCCGCUGAGCUCCUGUCCACGGUGACAGGCACUAGCCGGUCGUCAAUGGUCGACCCCAUUGAGUAUGAGGAGGAUGGCUCCUUGGAAGAGGGAGUCGUGAUUGAUGCCAGAAAAACCACCUUCCCUUUGACUCUCAUUUCGACCCACAAUACUGGGGGAAGUUCUACCACCACGGGGAGAGUUUUAGCCAAUAGCCAGGAUCCAGAGAUUAGGAUGACCACCGAACUGACACCCCUCACUUCAAAGCCUACCGUGGACAUGACUACUAUGGACGUGACUUCCGAGAUCACCGGGCGCCAGUGGUCCACACCUGGCUCCACCCCCGCCUCGUGGCCACCACCCUCACCCACAGCCAUGCCAUCUCCGGAGGAUCUGCGGGUGAUGCUGCUGCCUUGGGGCCCAUGGCACUGUCACUGUAAGUCGGGGACCAUGAGCAGGAGCCGCGCCGGAAAGCUGCAUGGCCUUUCUGGGCGUCUUCGAGUGGGGGCACUGAGCGAACUCCGCACAGAGCACCGGCCUUGCACCUACCAGCAAUGUCCUUGCAACAAGCUCCGGGAGGAGUGCCCUCUGGACUCGAGUCUCUGUCCCGACAGCGGCUGCAUCUCUCAUACCACCUUGCUCAGCACCUCUCCACCGGUCCCUGUCCACCUGAGACGCAGACCCAUCCUCCCACUCACGAGCCCGAGCCCGAGCCCAGCUCUUGCCUUUUGGAAACGUGUCAAGAUCGGCCUAGAGGAUAUCUGGAAUAGCCUUUCUUCAGUGUUCACAGAGAUGCAGCCAAUAGAAAGAAAUCAGAGGUAAUGGCCACGUCACCUUCAAGAGGAGAUAUCUGCAUUGUAACCUCCCGUUUCAACCCCAGCACCCACUACAUUAUUUUUAAUACAGAAAAAAAAAAACCAUAAAAACCA